AAUCCCAACGUCUAAGCCUCAGUCUCAGCCCUCGCCGCGAAGAUGGCCGUGCCCGCCGGAGCAGCACUAGCGCUCCUCCUCUGCGUCCUCUGCUGCUACGCCCCCGCCCUGUCCUCGGCCGCCGCCGGCGACUUCCUCCGGUGCCUCUCGGCGUCUGUCCCGAGCCAGCUCCUGCUCACCCCUGCCUCGCCUUCCUUCUCCUCCGUCCUGGCGUCCUCCAUCCGGAACCCGAGGUUCUUCACCCCCGGCACGAUGCGCCCGCUCUGCAUCGUCGCGGCCGCCAACGCCUCCCACGUCCAGGCCGCGGUCCUCUGCGGCCGCCGCCACGGGGUGCGCCUCCGCGUGCGCAGCGGCGGGCACGACUACGAGGGCCUCUCGUACCGGUCCGUGCGCCCCGAGGAGUUCGCGGUGGUCGACCUCGCCGGCCUCCGCUCCGUGCGAGUCGACCGCGCCGCGGCCACCGCGUGGGUGGACUCCGGCGCCACCGUCGGGGAGCUCUACUACGCCGCGGCCAGGGCGGACCCGCAGCUGGCCUUCCCCGCCGGCGUGUGCCCGACCAUCGGCGUAGGGGGCCACUUCAGCGGCGGCUGCAUCGGCAUGAUGAUGCGCAAGCACGGGCUCUCUGUCGACAACGUCCUCGACGCCACGCUGGUGGACGCCAGCGGGAGGAUCCUGGUCAGGAAGGCCAUGGGGGAGGACCUCUUCUGGGCCAUCCGGGGCGGCGGCGGCGGGAGCUUCGGCAUCGUGCUAUCCUGGAAGGUGAGGCUCGUCAGGGUCCCGCUGAGGGUGACGGCCUUCACCAUCCAGAAGACCGUCGCCCAGGGCGCCAUAGACGCCGUGACCAAAUGGCAAACCCUCGCGCCGGCGCUCCCCGACGCGCUCACCAUCAGGGUGGUCAUCCAGAACCAGCAGGCCCGGUUCCAGUCCCUGUACCUCGGCACGUGCGACCAGCUCCUUCCGGUGAUGAGCUCCCGGUUCCCGGAGCUCGGAAUGACGCGCGCCGACUGCCGGGAGAUGACCUGGCUGCAGUCCGCGCUCUACAUCAACUCCGGCAGCACCGGCCAGCCAGUGGAGGCCCUCCUCAACCGGACGACCAGCCUGAGCACCUUCACCAAGAACAAGUCCGACUACGUGAAGCAAGCCAUCACCCGGGAGUCGUGGCAGAAGAUCUUCCCCUGGUUCAACGGCCCUAGUGCGGGGCUCAUCAUCCUAGAGCCCCACGGCGGGCAGGUCAGCCGCAUCGCCGACGGCGACACGCCGUACCCGCACCGGAGCGGCGUCCUCUACAACAUCCAGCACAUCGCGUUCUGGUCGGGCGACGGCGGCACCGCGGCGACGACCUGGAUCAACGGCUUCUACAGCUUCAUGGGCCAGUUCGUGACCAAGAACCCCAGGGCGGCGUACGUGAACUACCGGGACCUUGACAUCGGCCAGAACGCGGUGGUCGGCGGCGUCACGAGCUACGACAGCGGCAGGGUGUGGGGCGAGAAGUACUUCGGGGCGGCCAACUUCAAGAGGCUGGCCAUCACCAAGGGCAAGAUGGAUCCCGGUGACUACUUCCGGAACGAACAGAGCGUCCCGCCACUUGUCCAAACUCCCAAGCAAGUGAGCCACACGUCGAGCCGCCAUGAGAACUGCUGUUUAUAAUACUUUAAUUAUUGCAUUUUUUUGGGAAGGUUGCGUGUCAUAUUUCAAUGUGUAAGUAUUUGUU